CAGGAAAAUUAAGAAGAAACUCAUUUAUUCCACCCCCUUUGGAGCUCGGUGGGGUUGGAAUUAUUUUUUUUCCCUCAAAAAUGCUUUGAAUUUAAUUUUUUUUUAAAUUCGAUUGGUUCGAACAGAACGGACUCGAGGUGGAGAGCGGGAAAAAAAUCAGAAAUUUAUCCCAAAAAAGCGCUCAAAGGAUGGCGAGGAUGAGGAUCCCUUCUUGGAGAGCCCAGAGGGAUGAGCUGCGGGAGAGGGGGGCGCGCUCCUCUUGGAAAACACAAAAAAAAUUGGAAUAAACUCUCAAAAAUCCCUCCCCCACUCCCGAAUCCCCGGGAUCUGUCUGGAAAAAAGCUGUUUCUCUUUAUGAAGACUUAAAAUGUUGCAAGAGCCUUGUACCAGUGAGUGACAAGGGGUGCUGGAGAGAAGGGAACCAAAUGGAUUCUGCUGUUCCGAGCCAGUAGGAAUUGGCCAGCCUCAGUGUCAGGGCUGGAAAUUGAUUCCAUAUGUCCCGGGAAAAGGGAAAAAAAAACCCAAAGAGAGCGAGAAAGACGGGAAGAAAGAGAGGGAGAGGGAAGGGGAGGGAGGGGAAGGAAAGUUCUCCCAAACCCACCGGGGUUUUCAUUCCUUUCACUCCCCCCGCCCUUCGCGGGGUUAAAUUUCGCCUUUUCAGGGGAUUUUGGGGACUUUUCGGGAGAUUUUGGGGGAGAGGUCCCGGAGAGGUCCCAAACCGGAGCGCGGGGUUUGUUUUUAGCCCGGAGCUGAGCUCGGGACGGGGAGAGGGAAUUGGGACCCUGGCGCGGAUCCCGCUCCCCAAAACCCGGGGAUGAGGGGGAAAUCCUCCCCAUCCCAAAAAAAACCCGCCCCAAACCCAUCCCUGGAGCCGGAGCAGGGGAUGGGGCGGCUGGUCCCUGUCCCCCCAUCCCGGAGACAGCGAAUUCCCAUUCCCGGCUGCUUCCAGAAUUCCACCCGGAGCCGCUCCCGCCGCUCCCCCGAGCUCCGAUCGCGCCGCCAAUAAAAGCCCCGACUUGGAUUUCCCAUCCCAAGGAGGACGCGAGAGCGAGCGGGGAUUUCUCCUUAACCCCUCCCCUCAUAUCUACGCUAAAAAACAAAAGAAGGAAAAGGGAGGGAAAGAGGGAAAAAAAAAAAAAAAGGAGUCAAAUCGCCACCAUCGCCUCUGAUUUAUUGCCUCCCUUUUCAUCUCGGGAUGGCUGCGCCAGGGAAGUGUUGAAACGCCCUUGUUGCCUUUUAUUUCUUUCGUGUCCCCCCCUCCUUUCUCCUUUCCCUCCUCCCUGCACGGAAGAGAGAAAAAAAAAGGAGAAAACUUCAAAGCGAACCCUCCAAACCCUCCCCGCUCCCAAACUUUUCCCUCCUUGGCUGCGAACUCUUCCCUUUUGUCUCUGCCGCCCCUGACUCGUGUUGGCCGAGGGUUCGGAAAAUGAAAAUGAAAAAGCGGCCGCGGGCCCUGGGCGAGGGUUGGAGCCGAGGACCGGGCCGGGAGGGGAAGAGGGCAGGGGAUCCCUUUUGGGACCUGCGCUGAUGGACCGGGACCUUGGAGGAGAUGACAGGCGAGGAGAAAGGGCUGAUUGCCCAGAAAUCAAUGAAAUUCCGCUCGCUCGAGCCACUUGAAAUAGCCAAUUAUCCUCCUGCCCCCACCCCGCUCCUCCCGAGCGCGCUGGCUGCCGUGUGGCCGCUGCCGGGGGAAAAACCCCUCGUUUUUAGUGAGUUAAUAAAGAAACGGAGCUCUAAAAGUGUGAGGGAGGUGUUUGGGGGAUGUGGGGAAGGGGAGGGGGCGCUGAGAGGGGAGAGGCUGCGCGGGGCAGGGGCUUCCCCCAGCAGCUCUGACCAAAGCCGGUCCUGGCGGCUGCAGCGGGGAAAAUUCGGGAUUUCGGAGCUGAGGCGGAGCCCUGAGGGUCCCAAAAAAAAAACCCAACAAAAAAAUCCUCUGGGGAGGUUCUGUGGCACCUCAGCCCUUCCCGGCCCUGGACACGGCCCGGGGGAGCAGGACCGGGGGGCUCUGCCCACCCUGGGGCUGGGGUCCGCUCCCUGUUCUGGGUCUGGGGUCCCCUCCCGGUUCUGGGUCCCGUUCUGGGUCUGGGGACCCCUCCCAGUUCUGGGUCUGGGGACCCCUCCCAGCUCUGGGGCUGGGGUCCCUUCCCAGCCCCGGGUCUCAUUCUGGGUCUGGGGUCCCCUCCCUGUUCUGGGUCUGGGGUCCCCUCCCUGUUCUGGGUCUGGGGUCCCCUCUCCGUUCUGGGUCUGGGGUCCCCUCCCGUUUCUGGGUCCCGUUCUGUGUCUGGGGUCCCCUUCCAGCUCUGAGUCUGGGGUCUCCUCCCUGUUCUGUGUCUGGGGACCCCUCCCAGUUCUGGCUCUGGGGUGCCCUCCCAGCCCCGGGUCCCAGUUCUGGGUCUGGGGUCCCCUCCCGGUUCUGGGUCCCAUUCUGGGUUUGGGGUCCCCUCCCAGCCCCGGGUCCUGUCCUGUUCUGGGCUCUCUCCAAGGCUCCAGCCUUUCCCCGGAGUUUUGGGGUCCCCUCCCUGUUCGGGGGUCCCCCCCGGCUCUGGGGUCCCCAUGGAGGUGUGGAGCUCUCACCCCGGACCUGAGCCCCUGCUCUGCCUCUGGGUUCUACACCGGCGGCUGAGAGUGGUUUUUGGGUCAUUUUGGGGUCAUUUUGGGGUCCCCUCUCCGUGCCCGGCCCCCCCAGGGGCGAUGUCCCCAGGGCUCGGGCUCGGCCACCGCGCCCCCGGUGACACCCGAUUGUCCAAGGGCGGCCCCGCACAAAGGCCGGGGGUGAAUAAAGCCCCGAGGGGGAUUUAAAGGGCGGGGGGCUCUGGGCUGGCUCCCCCUUCGGGGGCCGAUUUCUCACGCCUGGAGUCCCAAACCGAGAGAAAA